AUGGGUACUAAUGUCGAAAUCAGGGAAAUGCGGGGACACAUGUUGGGGAAGACAGACGAGAAACCGGCUGACGGAUUGGUCCUUCUGGGCAUGUUGGCUAAUAGGCUCUACACAUGGCAGGCGAGAGGACUCCUUUACACAUCGGAUUAUGUAUACUAUGUCACAAUUCUUUUCCCACUCAAGAGAGCGUUUGGGUCCGUCAGCGGUAUUGUCCAUUAUUCUUUCCAGAUCCUACUUAGGGUGGUUGUCCCGUCAGCUGCAGAGAGGGACAUGAAUCAGAGGACAACAAGGCCCACUAAGUUGUGGAGAUGUUUUAGGUUGGGAGUAUCCCUUGUCCACUGCGGAGCCAGUAUCCCCAGAACGAGGGCAGGCAGAAAGAGGGACGAUCCCCAGAGAGAUGGUACUGGCACGACCCCAUGGUUUUAUUGUCAUGAUAGGGACAGACAGAAUGAUAUUUAUGAACAUGACGCAAGAGCCCUCGAAAAGUGGCUUGAUGAUAAAUAUAUAAAAAUAUUAUUGGGAUUAGGAAGAUUUUUCAGAGCCCUCAGGACAUUUAUCGUUGUGGAUUCUUCUCCAAGCGGGUGGGACCUAAUUGCUCGAGUCGAUGACAGGGGAUGGCCACUUGCCAGUCAGGGUUCAAAAUAA